CAGUGUCAAAAACUUACACGCGACAGUUUUGCAUUUUCAGCUAUUUUUGCUUUAAAACAAUAAGCUUCCUGGAGCAAUGGAGGAAGAAAAUUCAGUUCCUGCAAUUGCAGUUACGGCUGCAGUUGGUGCUAUUGUUCUCCUUAUCAUGUUAUUCUUUACAAUGGGAAGGAAAUCUCAAACUGAAGAGAAAGAAGAGAGUGAAGAUGAAACCAAAACAUCAAAAAAGGAAAAACAACAGCCAACCACGAAGAAGACAAAGUCUGUUGCUCGGACGAAGGGCAAAGACAGAGUUGUCUUCUCUCACGAGUGGCUAGCCGGGUCCUUGAAAGGUCACAGCUCAAGGAUCUUGGACAUGGAUUUCAGUCCUAAUGGCAAAUAUGUCAUAACUGUGGCUGAAGAUCGUUCCGUAAUGCUGUGGUCAACCAAAGAAUUUGAACAAAAGGAACACAAAUUCAUUCGGGGGAAUGUAGACCUUGACCAUGCCACCAGGGUCAAGUUUAGUCCAGACUCCAAGGCUUUCAUUGUGAGCCUUGGCAAUGCAAACACAAUUCGCGUGUUUCGGAUCGGGAAAAAAGAUGACGGAAGCCCCGGCAAUAUUGCCGGGGCUCUAGACUUCCCACAGAAACAUAAAGCAGAGAUCAUCAACAUUGGGAUAGCCAGCAGUGGACGGUUUAUCAUGAGUAUUUCCUCAGACACCGCCAUGAUUGUGUGGUCUAUUAAAGGCGAUGUGCUCAGUGAGAUAAACACUAACCAUAUGAACAACUACUACGGAGCAGUGUCCCCAUGCGGAAGAUUUGUGGCCUCCUCAGGCUUCACACCAGAUGUGAAAGUGUGGGAGGUUUGUUUCACCAAGACUGGGGAUUUCCAGGAGGUUAGACGAGCAUUCGAGUUGAAAGGUCAUUCCGCCGGCAUCCAUUCCUUCAGUUUUAACAGUGAUUCCACGAGAAUGGCCUCCGCUUCAAAAGAUGGCACUUGGAAAUACUGGGAUACAAAUAUACGAUACGAUAUGAACCAGGAUCCGUAUCUGUUGUUCACGGGAAAACUCCAGUGGCCCGGCCUAUGUAUCAUAUCCUUGUCCCCGGAUGGUCGAACUCUUGCCAUGGCACAAAACUCUGGCCUUCACAUCUGUAACUCGUCUGGACAGGAUGAGGAAAUCAUUGAAAAUGUUCACUCAGAAAUAUCAUCCCAGAUAGGGUUUGACAACUCAGGAAAAUAUGUGCUCAGUGCUGGAGACAAACAUGUCUAUGUUUUACAUAAUAUCACAGGUUAUAAAGCCACAAUAGAAGAACUUGUAAGUUUAGAAACAAAAGCAAACGGACAAGCCAUGAAAGAAAGAAUCAGAUCUCAAAUCACUGAUGCACAAGUUGCCUUGAAGCGCAUACAGGGAGAAGGAACAACAAAUGGCCACGCAGGAGGAAAGUAGUCUCCACAACUGUGUCAAGUUUUAAACGCUGAGAAAGUUCAACUGUGGGAUGCAGUGUAGUUCCACUAUUGAAGGAUGCUAUGUGAAUCUGUAUUAUUUCUUCAUAAAUUUUAAAGAAUGGUUUGGUCAAUAAUCAUCUUGAUAAAAAGCUGCAGUUCUAUAAAGUUUGGAUCCAUGAUUAAAAAUAAUUAUUUUGAUUUUAGAAGAAUAGAUGAUAUAGGAUGGUUUGAGAUUGAGAUACUAAAUAUAUAUUCAUCUUAUGGUUUAAAACAUGUUUUCAGACUGAUAUAUUAUUGGCUUGUCUUUAAUUCAGACAUUUUUCAAACCAUUCGAUCAUGAAAGAUGCUACGUUGUUUGUUAUGUGUCAUGGACGGAGAAACUAUCCUAUAGUUAUUAAAACUUAUUAUUUGUAGUCUCUAACUUGUUUGUUUGAAGAUACUAAACAUGCAGGGCGCUUGUCAUAUCUUAGUUCAACAAAUUGUGUCAUAAUAUCUAUAUUACAAUCAUGCUGUGUAUUGAGAACAAACAAAAACAUCAGCGAUAAAAAUGACAAUUUAAUGUGUUCAAAUAUGGUUAAAAGUCACAAACCAUGAGGAUGAGGAGCCUAUGGUUGCAUUUGUGUGGGCCUUUCCUCCAAGGCGGUUGUGGGUUCAAGCCCAACCCCAGGGGAACAUUCUCUUGAUCUCUAAAAGGUCACCAAUACUGGUUUCUACCCAGGAAAUGGGCCCAUAAGUGAUUCAUAUUGGCUCAUUAAUAUGUGUUAACUAUUAAACUGAAUAAUUACGAAUUAUAAUUUGAUUUUUUUAAUAAGUGAUUUUUAAACACUUUUACCAUAAAAAAUUAAAUGGAUCAAAAGAUGGGAUCGGCUUGAACAAUCAUUUCGCCUGGAAAUGGGCAUUUUCUUGUACUAAUGUGCACUGUUAAUCCUUCUGUCUGUAGAACUUUUAUUUAGCUUUUAAGACAUUGUUUAUGAUUUGUAAUUGUAAUGGUAAAAGUAUUUUUAUUUCAUCUGUUUUGCUGAAAGAAGAAGUUGAACUAUUAUGACAUCUUUGGCGUCAUUGAUGAACAUCAAAUUUGACAUAGGCCAAAACACAAAAAAAAAAUCAAGAUAUUCAAAUGAAACUUUGUAUACAUGUUGACUGGAAUACAUAAGACCAUCGUUGGCAUUCGCUUCACUGGUCUUUUGGUGAAUAUCUGAAUUUUGUUUAUCAUUAGAAUUUCUAGGAUUUUGCAAAAAUGUUCAAGCUUUAAAAUUACAUUUGUACAAGAAGUGCUUGCAUGAAGUACAAGUCAUAGGUUUUAAGGAUUGAUCGCAUAUAUUUGUGUGUUUAUGCUGGAGGCAGGAGGGCAUGCAUGCAAAUUCCGUGAAAUGCACGUUUAAAAAUAAGUGAAACCGUCUGCAGGCUGAGUUUUUAUUGUUAAAGAAAAGUUAUGACAACAUACUUUUGUGUAAUAGAAUAGCCAAUAAUUGUAAUGUCCUAUACCAUUGGUUAUAUGACAUCCAGCUAAUCCAAUCAGAGCGCAGUAUUUAGAUAAACAAUGACAUCAUAAACCCUUGCGGGUUAUACAAUGGAAAUGUUAAGUUUUCUAUGUAUGUAAGACCAGGGAAUGUAAAUGUUGUAAAGUAAAGCUGUUGUGCAUUUCUAAGGUACUGUUUUUGACAUGAUUUGGUAUUGGGUCGAUUUACAAUAUAAAAUUUGAAACAAAAGGUCAAUAGGAAAACUUCACUACAGAAAAUUUAUACUAUAAUAACAUAUAUAUAUAUAUAUAUAUGUGUAACUGUGAAAAUUGCUAUGUUUAAUAUGCAUAAUAUCUUUUAACUAUCUUGGGCCAAAUGCUUUUAAAACAAUACAUAUUUGUAACAUAAAUAUAACAGUUUCUUUGUUUGCUUUUGUUCAAAUUGUGUUCACCAUUUUGAUAGUAAUAUACCGUUAUUGUUUUACUUUUUGUAAUUAUUUUCGAUAACGAUAAUUCAUAAAUUUAUGAGAACUGUUUGACUACAGACCCAGUUUUCAGUACUUUGCUUGUUAUUUGGUGUUGGAAAACGCUAUAAGCCUUAUGUGUAUUAUGAUUAAAGAUAAUAUAAGAAUUA